GCGAUGGCGGAGAGGGAGCGGGAGCUGCGGGAGGCGCUGGCGGCGCUGGAGCGGGGCGGAGAGGAGGAGGUGGUGGCAGCUCAGGCGGCGCUGGUGGCGGCGGCCGAACGGGGCCUCGGCGAGCGGGAGCGGGCGCUGUGCGGCGCCUUCCUGCGGCGGCUGCUGCGGGCGCCGCGGCCCCAUCGCGGCUGGCGGGGCUGCUUCCUACGGGGCCCUCCCGCGCCCGCCCUCGCUGUGCUGGAGGAGGCCCUUACCGCGCCAGGGCCCAACCUGCCCCCGGGGGAGGUGGCAGAGGUGCUGGAGCAAUUCCUGCGCGAGGGCCGGCUGGCAGCGCUGCUCUGGGACGUCUGUCAGCAGCAGGCGGAGCUCGGCCACCCGGAGCCGCGGGACGCCCUGCUCAGCAGCAUCGUCUGCCUGCCCGACCGCGUGAGCAACAAACUGCAGAAGAACAGCCCGGCUGUGUUCUUCCCACAGAACUACUUUCCUCUCCUGGGUGCUGCGAUUAUCCAGGUGCUGCAGAACAUUGCUGACUCCCUAAAAGGUGGCUCGGAUUGCUCCAUCUCUUUUAUUUCUCACAUCCUGGGGAAGGUGUGCAUUCAAGGAAGACAAAAGGAACUCCUGAGCGUUCUGGUACCUCGGCUCACAGAUCUCACCAAGUCGGACUGCAUCUGGCAAAGAAUCUGCUGGCAGUUGGUUGAAGGUGUGCCAGACCGCUGGAUGGAAGCCGUGGUCCUUGGCUUUGUACAGAGAGCACCUGGGGCAGAUGUCUUGUCAAGGUUGCUGGGGAACCUGGUUGUGAAAAACAAGAAAGCUCAGUUUGUGGUGACACAGAAGGUGCUGCUCCUGCAGUAUGGCCAUACGACGGCGGUGCUGCAGAACCUCCUUGGCUACCUGUCCCUGGACAGCCUUCGGCGUGCCUUACUGAUCAAGGUGCUGCAAGAACUCUUGGAGACCUGGGGCAGCAGCAGUGCUGUGAAACACUCUCCAGCGGAGCAGCAGUUAUAUAUCAGCAAGGCCAUCCUUAUCUGCCUCUCCCACUUGAAGGAGCCUGAAAUCGAGAGCUGCAGACAAGAGCUUCUCACAAUCAUGAUGGAGGGUGUAAAGUGCCACUUGGACAGCAGUCUGCCACAAAUACGGCGUCUGGGAAUGAUCGUGGCAGAGAGCAUUAGUUCAAAAAUAAACACCGAUGGGCCUGUCCUGAAGUUUCAGUAUGAAGAAGAUGGUGAAGCAAGAGAAUUGAAGUCCCUUCUGGUGCAGACUCCACCGUGCUGUGCUGUCCUCAGCCUUCCGGAUGAUGAGAGUGAGAAAGCGCUGCCAUUGGUAUUGAAAAGCAACCAGAAAUCACCCUCAGCAGCCGCCGCGACGCCAAAUGAGGAGUCAGAUGAGCUUGACAGUGACGAUGACCUCAUCCCUUACGACAUGUCAGAGGAUAAAGAACUAAAGACUAAAGCUCCUGUGUAUAUCCGAGAGUGUAUUGAAGUCCUGACAAGUUCUGAGGAUGUGGACAAAUGGGAAGCUACGGUCAAAGCUCUUGAGAGCUUGGUUCGAAAGAAUCCAGCAGCAACAAGAGAGGUUAGUGUGGAACUGGCAAAAAUACUAUUGCACCUGGAGGAGAAGACCUGCAUUGAAGGCUUUGUGGGACUCCGUCAGAGAGCUCAAGUAGCUGUUUUAACCACAGAUCCAAUACCCGUAGCAAAGUACUUGACCUCUGAGUUCUACUCUCUGAACUACAGUCUUCGUCAGCGCAUGGACAUUCUUGAUGUAUUGGUUUUGGCAGCUCAGGAACUGUCCUAUCCCAAAUCCCAUGGGAAGACCAAGCAUUCUGGUACCCAAAAACCUUGUAUCCAACUGCUUCCUGAGAGCAACAGCUCUAAGGACUGGAGAAGAAUUGUUGAUGAAAGGAUCAAAAGCAAGACUCGCAGAUUUGCUACGGGUCAGUCUCAAGUGCAGCUGGUUUCUGGACCAAACGAGUUCAAUUCUAUUGCUGGGCACUUCUUUUUCCCGUUGAUUCAGCGCUUUGACAGGCCUUUGACAACAUUUGACCUCCUGGGGGAAGAUCACUUUGUCCUUGGAAGGCUGGUCCACACGUUAGCAGUCCUGAUGUACUUGGCUGUCAACACUGUGGCAGUUACCGCCAUGGGAAAGACUCUGCUGGAGUUUGUCUGGGCUCUGCGUUUCCACGCUGACUCGUAUGUGCGCCAGGGUCUUUUGUCCUGUAUCUCCUCUGUGCUCCUCAGUGUCCCUAUAGAGCGUCUUCUGGAAGACAUGACCGAAGAGCUUUUGGAGGCUCAGUCCUGGCUGGGAGAUGUGGUGGAGAAAGAUCCAGACGGGGACUGCAGGAGGCUGGCCUUGCAGAACCUGCUGCUGAUGGAGAACCUGAAAAAGAAACUCACAGCUGACCCUUCCUAGCUGAAGGGUGAAAGAAAUGACCUCUACCUCCUCC